AUGCCUGCAGGGAAGAGUGGACAGGCCGACAGGAGGUCAGUCGCAGAGACCCCGCCGGGUGGCAGGCCGGUGCGUCCCGUCAAGGCGGCCGUGUGCUUGCAGCAGCGGCACGCGCAGGCUGGUCCUCUCCCCUGGCAUGAAUUCUUUGGGGGCCUGGAUUCCAUUUUCCCUUCCUCUAUUAUCCUGCCAGAGCCCUGGGCGCAGUUCUGGAAGCGGCGCUGGGCGGAUCCUCGCUUCCCCGCCCCUCCAUCAUCCCCCAAGCCUGGCUUCCCCGCCCCUCCAUCAUCCCCUGAACACAGCUUCCCCGCCCCUCCAUCAUCUCCUGAACACAGCUUCCCCGCCCCUACAUCAUCCCCUGAACACAGCUUCCCCGCCCCUCCAUCAUCUCCUGAACACAGCUUCCCCGCCCCUCCAUCAUCCCCCAAACCCGGCUUCCCCGCCCCUCCAUCAUCUCCUGAACACAGCUUCCCCGCCCCUCCAUCAUCCCCUGAACACAGCUUCCCCGCCCCUCCAUCAUCCCCCAAACCCGGCUUCCCCGCCCCUCCAUCAUCCCCCGAACACGGCUUCCCCGCCCCUCCAUCAUCCCCCGAACACGGCUUCCCCGCCCCUCCAUCAUCCCCCAAACCCGGAUUCCCCGCCCCUCCAUCAUCCCCCGAACACGGCUUCCCCGCCCCUCCAUCAUCCCCCAAACCCGGCUUCCCCGCCCCUCCAUCAUCUCCUGAACACAGCUUCCCCGCCCCUCCAUCAUCCCCCGAACACGGCUUCCCCGCCCCUCCAUCAUCUCCUGAACACAGCUUCCCCGCCCCUCCAUCAUCCCCCGAACACGGCUUCCCCGCCCCUCCAUCAUCUCCUGAACACAGCUUCCCCGCCCCUCCAUCAUCCCCCGAACACGGCUUCCCCGCCCCUCCAUCAUCCCCCGAACACGGCUUCCCCGCCCCUCCAUCAUCCCCCAAACCCGGCUUCCCCGCCCCUCCAUCAUCUCCUGAACACAGCUUCCCCGCCCCUCCAUCAUCCCCCGAACACGGCUUCCCCGCCCCUCCAUCAUCUCCUGAACACAGCUUCCCCGCCCCUCCAUCAUCCCCCGAACACAGCUUCCCCGCCCCUCCAUCAUCCCCCGAACACAGCUUCCCCGCCCCUCCAUCAUCCCCCGAACACAGCUUCCCCGCCCCUCCAUCAUCCCCCGAACACAGCUUCCCUGCCCCUCCAUCAUCCCCCAAACACAGCUUCCCUGCCCCUCCAUCAUCCCCCGAACACAGCUUCCCUGCCCCUCCAUCAUCUCCUGAACACAGCUUCCCCUCCCCUCCAUCAUCCCCCAAACACAGCUUCCCUGCCCCUCCAUCAUCCCCCGAACACAGCUUCCCCGCCCCUCCAUCAUCCCCCGAACACAGCUUCCCCGCCCCUCCAUCAUCCCCCGAACACAGCUUCCCCGCCCCUCCAUCAUCCCCCGAACACAGCUUCCCCGCCCCUCCAUCAUCCCCCGAACACAGCUUCCCUGCCCCUCCAUCAUCCCCCAAACACAGCUUCCCUGCCCCUCCAUCAUCCCCCGAACACAGCUUCCCUGCCCCUCCAUCAUCCCCCAAACACAGCUUCCCUGCCCCUCCAUCAUCCCCCGAACACGGCUUCCCCGCCCCUCCAUCAUCUCCUGAACACAGCUUCCCCGCCCCUCCAUCAUCCCCUGAACACAGCUUCCCCGCCCCUCCAUCAUCCCCCGAACACGGCUUCCCCGCCCCUCCAUCAUCUCCUGAACACAGCUUCCCCGCCCCUCCAUCAUCCCCCGAACACAGCUUCCCCGCCCCUCCAUCAUCCCCUGAACACAGCUUCCCCGCCCCUCCAUCAUCCCCCAAACACAGCUUCCCCGCCCCUCCAUCAUCCCCCAAACACAGCUUCCCCGCCCCUCCAUCAUCCCCUGAACACAGCUUCCCCGCCCCUCCAUCAUCUCCCGAACACAGCUUCCCCGCCCCUCCAUCAUCCCCCGAACACAGCUUCCCCGCCCCUCCAUCAUCCCCCGAACACAGCUUCCCCGCCCCUCCAUCAUCCCCCGAACACAGCUUCCCCGCCCCUCCAUCAUCCCCCGAACACAGCUUCCCCGCCCCUCCAUCAUCUCCUGAACACAGCUUCCCCGCCCCUCCAUCAUCCCCCAAACACAGCUUCCCCGCCCCUCCAUCAUCCCCCGAACACAGCUUCCCCGCCCCUCCAUCAUCUCCUGAACACGGCUUCCCCGCCCCUCCAUCAUCCCCUGAACACAGCUUCCCCGCCCCUCCAUCAUCCCCCGAACACAGCUUCCCCGCCCCUCCAUCAUCCCCCGAACACAGCUUCCCCACCCCUCCAUCAUCUCCUGAACACAGCUUCCCCUCCCCUCCAUCAUCCCCCGAACACGGCUUCCCUGCCCCUCCAUCAUCCCCCAAUCCCAGCUCCUAUACCCCAAACAGAGAGUACACUGGAGGGGACCCUGGGUGA